GCAACAGGAGGGGGGGGUGUCGUUUGCCGGGACGUCUUCCUUGAGCGGCGCGGCAGCAGCAACCGCUCUCUGCACAUCUUCGUCUUGUGCUUAACUCCCUUGUGUCUGUUUUCUUUUUUUGCUGCCCGAAAGGGCCGCUUCUCCUCUCGAUCCUCAUCAGACUCCUUUGACAAGAACGACGCAGCAUGCUCGUCCAGCCUUGCUCUCCCAGCGGCACGAGCAGCAGUUGAGAUGUGCGUCGUGCGCGCAUUCGAUGGCUUUCUUUUGCUUUCUCUCUCUGUCUGUCUGUCCCUCCGCUAGCGCCUGUCGUUCCCUUCUCAUCCUUCUUCACCUUUCGGCGUCCCACGCGAAACGAAACGGCCUUUACGAGACCCGCGCCCGCUCGUCGCCCUUCCGGCGCAGGCAUGUGCACUCCGCUGUCAGCGCCGUCUUGCCGCUGCCUCCCGCAUAAGGGGGCUCCGGCGCUGCUACUCGUGGCCGAUGCCCCCGGUAGGCGACCGUGCGGGUGUAACCCACGCGAGUGGAGCUCGAUACGAGCCCGUGCAAUUCCUGUUGGUGCUGCGGUGUCUGCCGGCCGCUGUUGCUCGGUGGGCGUGUCUUCUCGCGUUCCCACUGGCAGGAUGCGGGCCCAGCGAGAUCGCUACCAACGGGCUGGUCGUUUUUCAAGGCCGUUUCUUUCCACGUUUGAAAGGGCGAAGGACUGUGGCGGCAACCACGGAGACCGUCUUGGCGGAAACGCGUUUCCUUUUCCUUUCUCUGCAGCGCGCUCCGUCUUCCUCUCUACUGCUGCUUUCCCCCCUUGCUUGGACGGGGAUGUUCUGCGAAAUGCGCUGGUGUGCGAGCAGGACCUCCUGCAGCGCCGAGUGUUUCCUCUGAACAGGUGUUUCCUCCCUCCUUGACAUCGGCGAGGUGUAUGAACUCGCGGAUAAGCAUCAACGCGGCCGUGUGCGCGUAAUGGCGAAGACGAACAACCCAAAUGCCCCCGGGGUUCUGCUGGGUGGUGCGUUGAAAGCGAGCCGUCUUCGCCAUGCGAUGCCGUUGUUCUCGCUCACGCGUACACGUGGAUUGGGCCCUCACAUGCUUGACGAGUGCGUGCCCCUUUCGCGUAAACGUGCUGCCCCCCUCCCCGCGCUCCUCGCCGAAACCACUUCUCCUCCGCUGUCAACGCCCUUCUUCCAUCACGCUGCGUUUCUCGUCGAUGACACUAAAACACACACCUACGGCUGCCACACCGACCGCUUACACCAUCCGGCGGCUGCAUAGAAGUCCACGCUAACCCUUCUCUAAUUGCUCUCUUUUAUUUCUCUUUAAGUGUUGAAAUACCAUUAUUGUCUUUCCCCUUGCAUUCGCUGCCAACGCGCACGCCACUCGCCCUCCCCCCCCCCCCUUGCUAUUUCUCGCCGAAACCCCAUCUACCGAGUUCGUGAUCUAAAGGCCGUUGAAAGGGACCUCCUCAGCCCCCUUGUGCACUGCGCUUCGCUCUUCUUUCUGUUUUUCACGUCGCCUUCGAUACCGCUCUCCCGUCGCCCGUCUCUGCUCGCCGAGCAGGCCAACCGGACAGCAGCAUGGGCCGUUCCUUCGCCGCUACUCCGCAGCCGUGGAAGGCGCUCGCCAUCGGCGCUCUUCUCCUGUGCUGUGUUCUCGGCCCUCACCUGGCGAUCGCCGCGGACAGCGGUGCGGAGACCUCGAGCAGCGGUAACCCGCCUGUGCCGCCGGGGGACACCACCACGUUGACCUUCCUGCAGGCCCUCGUGACAGCGAUGGAAGGUCUGCCUCAGCCCACUCCUUUCGAUGACUACUGCAAGUGGGAGGGCAUCGUGACGUGCAACGACGACGGCACGGUGUCGGUGAAGCUGACAGAUUCGGCGUCGAAGCUGACCAAGCUGUCGAGCCUGCCGGAGCUCGCCGUGAAGCUGGACGGCACCAAGGUGGCUAUGAAGUCGUUCGAGGCGAACGCCAUGGGCCACCUCUUUGGCGGGGCGCUGCCGGCGAGCUGGGGAAAGCUGACGCAACUGCAGACCCUCUCGCUGUCGGGCAACACCAAGCUGACGAGCAGCCUGCCUUCGGCGUGGAGCGGGAUGACCGCACUGACGCAGUUGGUGCUGAGCAACAACGGCAUGUCGGGCAGCCUGCCCCCGGAAUGGAGCGGGAUGACGGCGCUGGCGCAGCUGGUGCUGACCGGCAACAAGUUCUGCGGCUGCGUGCUGGCGACUUGGAGCGCGGCUCUGAAACCGACCGUGGACCCCGCGGUGAGCGCGAAGACCUGUGCAACUGCGAAUGCCUGUGACAAGGUGUCGAGCAGCAGUGCCAGCCCCUUUUACUGCGAUGUGGUACACUGCACGCAGUGUGCAGCGGGCAACGACACGAAGUGCAUCAGGUGCGACAGCGGCUACACGCUGACGGAUGGCUUUCAAUGCAUCUCCGAGGGUGAUGCGGCGUACUGGCAGAGCUUGGUCAACCCAAGUGGGUUGCUGAUGCUGGCACUGCUGUGCGCGUCUGUCCUGUGGAACCUGAUCUAG